CACUGACUGAUUAGCCGGCAUUUAAAGCAGCUGGUCGCAUUGAGUCGAAAAUUACUUUAGAAACUAAUUGACUUGAUUUGUGGAAUCGCACAAAAAUCAUGAAGAAAGUUCUGGUUACAGGCGGAACUGGGCUGGUGGGCAAGGCCCUGGAGGCUGUGAUCAAGGAGCAGUCCCCAGAGGACGAGCAAUGGUUUUUUGCGGGCUCUAAAGAUGCAGAUUUGACAAAUCUGGCCGCCACGCAGGCACUCUUCGCCCGAGAGAAGCCCACGCAUGUCAUCCAUCUGGCUGCAAUGGUCGGAGGCCUGUUCCACAACAUGAACAACAACCUGGACUUCUUGCGCAACAACCUGCUCAUUAACGACAAUGUCCUGCAAACGGCACACGAGCAGGGAUGCGUGAAGGUGGUGUCCUGCCUGUCCACAUGCAUUUUUCCGGACAAAACCAGCUACCCCAUAGAUGAGACCAUGGUGCACAAUGGGCCGCCGCACCCCUCCAAUUAUGGUUACUCCUACGCAAAGCGACUGAUAGACGUGCAGAACCACGCCUACCACGAUAAAUAUGGCCGGGUGUACACCUCGGUCAUUCCGUGCAACAUAUUCGGUCCCCACGACAACUAUAAUCCAGAGGUCAGCCACGUUAUUCCGGGCAUGAUCUAUAGGAUGCACCAGCUGGUUACGGAGAAGACUGACGUCCCCGAAAACGACAAGGUGUUCACCGUUUUCGGAAGCGGCAUGCCACUACGGCAGUUUGUAUACUCCCGGGACCUGGCGGAGCUGAUGAUCUGGGUGCUCAGGAACUACGAAAGUGUGGAGCCCAUCAUCCUAAGCGCGGACGAAGUGCAGGAGGUGACGAUCUUCGAGGUGGCCCAAGCCGUUGCAAAAGCAUUUAAUUUUAAUGGAAGACUGGUCUGUGAUACGAGCAAGUCGGAUGGACAGUACAAAAAGACUGCGUCUAAUGCCAAGCUUCGCUCCUUCCUGCCAGACUACGCAUUUACGGACUUGGAAACGGCAAUCAACGCCUCGGUUAAGUGGUACAUAGAAAACUACGACCAGGCUAGAAAGUAAUUGAAUAUUCCAACCCCAAAAAAAAAUGUAAAUAGACAACGAAUUUUCACAG